AUGAACUGGCCGAACGUGGCCGCGGGGUACUUGACGUUUUUAGAGAAGAUCAGUUCCGUGAAUCUUCAGUCGAGCGCGACGCAGUGUCUGUUCGCGUGGGAUUACUACGGCGCGACCGCGUUUUACGUCAUGCUUCCGAUCAUGUUCGCCGUCGCUUCGAUGAUUUACUACUCUUUCUUCAAGUUCAUCGAUGAGUCAAAGGGCGCCAUCUCCACGAUCGCCCGGCGCUUCGGAGCGAAGACGGACGUCGAGUCCGACGACGACGAAGACACGCCGAGGCAGAGUCCUAUUAUCAACGCUGCUGACCUCAGAACGAAGAAGCGGGUCGAGGCGAUGGACAACGCGACGUUUGAAAAGAGUUGGGAAAGCAAAGCGAUCGACGAGGUGUUAAUGAUGGGUGUCAUCGUCCUGUGGUACUUGUACCCCACGAUCGUGCAAUACCUCGUCGGUUUGAUGCGGUGCCGGACGUUGGACUCGGGAGGGGAAGUUUACCUCAUCGCGGACUUGAGCCUGAAGUGCAGCGAGCCGAUCCACGCGUUCUGGAUGUUCUUGCUCUUCGUCUUCAUCAUCGUGUACGUCAUCGGGAUUCCAUGGGGGCUGCACAUUCUCCUUCGAUACGAAGGCAAGAAUUGGACGACGCAUCAGAUGCGUUUCCGCGUCGGGUUCCUCUACAAAGGACACGACCUCUCGGACAGGUGGUGGUGGGAGGCCGUCACCUUCGCGAGGAAGGCGGUCAUCACGUGUAUCGUCGUCUUGUGCUCGGACGUGACGAGGAUGGGCAGCUACGUCGUCGUCUGGGUCUUAGAGGCGUGCUUCAUUUUGCACUUUUACGCGAGCCCGUACGCGAACGAGCGGAUGCACCGGAUAGAGUGGUGGGGUCUGCUCGCCGCGAUCGCGACGUAUAACAUCGGAAUUUUGUACCAAGACGGGAGCGGUGGGUGGUGGAUGAGGAUACUUCUCACGUUAGUGCUGUACCUCGUGAACGCGGGGAUGUGGGUGUUGUUCAUCAAGGGCGUGGUGAAGGAGAUCAGCGGCGAGGGUCAGAAGCUGUACCUCGCGCGCGCGAAGCACGACAUCCAGCUCGAGGACGACAUCGCGGAAGAGUUCGCGCAGCGCAGGAAUAAGCUUAAGAACGAGGAGGAAGAGGCGGAGAGGCGCGAGCAGAUGAAGAAAGUCGCGGGCACGUCCUUGGCGUUCGCGGACGACGCUUGGCUCGAGAACCUCAACGAGUCGAGCGCGAUGGAGGUCAAGGCGGAACACAAGAAGCUGUCGAAAAAUCUCGAGGGGAUGCGCGAGGCGUGGGCGGAACGACAGAAGAAAAACAAGGCGAGGAAGUACACCGUCGAAGAGGCGCACAGGAACGUCGAGUCAUCACCCUCCGCGCGCUGGCAGCAGCGGAAGGAGCAGAGAAAGAGAGAGUCUCGAACCGACACCAUCCUUCGCGACUCCGCGGGUGACCGCGAACCGGAAAAUCGCGACAGUCCCUCGUCUCGUUGGCGCGCGAGGCAAGCCGCGAGCGCGAGACCGGGAUCUGGAGCGGGCAACUCUCGACCGAGAUCUCAAGGAGGUGGGCAGGGCGAGAGCUCGUUGCGAGAGACCUGGAGGCAAAAGAUGGAGGCUCGCAGGGCGGAGAGGGAACGAAAAUAA